UUAUCAUAAUAAUUAGUUCUAUCAAAAUGUUCAAUCAAUUCUUGCUAUGUUACUGUUACUUUGAUUAGAAUAUGUUCACUGAACCUUUUAUCUUAUUAAAUUUUUCCAUGAGCUAGAUAAGCAAUUCGCUGACAUCUGCAAAUUAUCAGAAGUCCAUUACCAAGAUACACUAUAUUAAAACAAUAUUAUAAUUGUACACAAUAUGACAUCAGAGAUAUAUCCCCACUUUACUUAUAAAUAGGGAUGGUCAGGCUUAUAAGUCUUCAAUACUGACCGAUAGUCUUCAAUUGAAAUCCUAAACAUGAAGUUUUUACUAGCAGUUUGUUUCCUUGCUCAAGUUUGCUUAAUAACAUCUCGGGAAGUUUCUGCUUCCAACAGCAGCAUUCCUUUAGUUGUUAUUACAUGGAAUUAUCAAGUUGCUACUGAAAAAGCAUGGGAUGUUCUAUACAAUCAAAAGAGGAGUGCUUUGGAUGCUAUAGAAGAAAGUUGUACUUACUGUGAAGAUAAUAGAUGUAGAAAAACUGUAGGAUUUGGAGGUAGUCCAGAUGAAAGUGGAGAAACUACAUUGGAUGCUUUAAUCAUGGAUGGGGUCACAAUGGACGUCGGUGGAGUGGGCCUCCUAAGAAAUAUUAAAGGUGCAGCUUCUGUUGCACGUAAAGUUCUGGAGCACACCAAGCAUUCCUUGCUUGGUGGAGAGUUGGCUACAAAGUUUGCUGUAGAAAUGGGCUUCAAACAAGAGUCCUUACAAACCGAAGAAUCGAAGAAAAUGUGGCUAGACUGGAAAGCUAAUAACUGCCAGCCCAACUUCUGGAAGAAUGUAGUUCCAGACCCAAGCAAGAAUUGUGGCCCAUAUCGUGCUGUAAGUUCCAUGGACUUCAAAAUGGAAGAACACCAGUCCUAUGUAGAUGAAGAAAAUCAUGACACCAUUGGAGUUGUAGCGAUAGAUUCAAAGGGUCAUAUAGCGGCUGGUACAUCGACAAAUGGUGCCAAAAACAAAAUUGCUGGUCGUAUCGGAGAUUCUCCGAUUCCAGGUGCAGGUGCAUACGCUGAUCAACAAGUUGGCGCAGCUGCUGGUACCGGUGAUGGCGACAUCAUGAUGCGCUUCUUACCUAGCUUUUUGGCUGUGGAAGAGAUGCGUCGUGGUGCUAGUCCCAAGGAAGCUGCAACAACAGCAAUUAAAAGAAUUGCUGAACAUUAUCCAACAUUUACUGGUGCAGUAAUAGCUAUAAAUAAAAACGGAGACUAUGGAGCUGCAUGUAACAGUCUUACUCGUUUUGAAUACUAUGUUGCUAAUCCUACAUUAAAUAAGGCAACAAUGCUUUAUGCAAAUUGUAUAGAUGCUGAGAAUCAGUAUCAAGUUGUUAAUGCUAGAAACAAUUAAUCAAUCUUUUGUAAUUCUGUCAUUUAUGUUUUUAAUGUGAUAUGUAUAAUUAUGUUAAUAAAAUAAAAGUUGGCAAAUCUA